AUGACUCUAGUCUGGAAACUGUUGCUGUCGUCGCGUGCGGGUUGACGCGCAGCGGUGCGUUCUCGGGCGCGUUUGGGGAUGUGAGUGAAUGACCCGCGUCCAGAUCAGCGGAAUGCGUGCAGGUGUGUGUGUGUGUGUGUGACGGACAUCAUCAUGCUCAAAGGCUCUCAGUGAUCCGCUCCUUCCCAUGAUUCCACACCAGGCCGCCCCAUGCCAGCCCGUAACCACGACGACCGCUCGCCUCCGUGAGCUCCUCCUCUGUCACCCGGCGGCCGUUUGACUGGAUGAGGAACCCAGCCUCCAGUGAUGUGAUGCACAGGUUUGAGGUUCUAGGGAUUGUGGGGGAAGGAGCUUACGGUGUCGUCCUGAAGUGCAGACACAAGGAGACUAAUGAAAUCGUGGCCAUUAAGAAGUUUAAGGACAGUGAAGAAAAUGAGGAGGUGAAGGAAACGACCAUGCGUGAGCUGAAGAUGCUCCGCACGCUGAAGCAGGAGAACAUCGUGGAGCUGAAGGAGGCGUUUCGGCAGCGAGGGAAGCUGUACCUGGUGUUUGAGUACGUGGAGAAGAACAUGCUGGAGCUGCUGGAGGACAUGCCCAACGGAGCUUCACCGGAGAAGGUCCGGAUCUACGUCAACCAGCUGAUCAAAGCCAUCCACUGGUGCCAUAAGAACAACAUCGUCCACAGAGAUAUCAAGCCGGAGAAUCUGCUCAUCAGCUCAGACGACAUGCUCAAACUGUGCGACUUCGGUAAGUUUCUGGCUCCGUACGGGAAGGCGGUGGACAUGUGGUCAGUGGGGUGUAUUCUGGGCGAGCUGAGCGACGGUCAGCCUUUAUUUCCGGGCGAGAGUGAGAUCGACCAGCUCUUCACCAUCCAGAAAGUCCUGGGACCCCUGCCGCCCGAACAGAUGAAGCUCUUCUACAACAACCCACGCUUUCACGGGCUACGGACUGUCAGCCAGGGUUAUCCAUGUCAUUGUGGUUUGUAUUUUCAGAACCUGUUGCUGUUGAACCCGAAUGAGCGCUAUCUGACUGAACAGAGUCUGAACCACCACGCCUUCCAGACUCAGCGCCUGACGGAGCGACCCGGCCCGCUCACACCCACACCCGUCCGCUCCUCCAAGAGGAAACCGCUCCUGGACAACAGCGCCCCCAGCAGGGGUCAUGUGGUCAAGAGUUCAAGUCACCAUCGUUCAAACAGUCGCGACUGCUCCAGUCUGCCCCGUCACGGGCACGACGACCUCCACCCGUCCAGCACCGAGGCGUUCCUGAACGGAUCGGUACCUUCUGCCAACAGCCUGAGCCCGGUGAUGCACCCCAAAUCCUUCCAGCCACUCAACCGCUCAGCAUCGUGCGGUAAAGACCUGGCCAGCCUGCAGCAUGCUAAAGAAGCCAAAUCCAAAGUGGGCGAUUUUGACUUCGGCAAACCGGCAGACGGACCGGGAGCCAAAUACCUAAAAUCCAAUACGCCUCGCUCACAGAACCGCCAUUCCUUUGUGGAGGGCAAGACCAGCACGUUGGUGGGUGACCGGGAGAAACAGAGCCGCCACGGUUACGGCGAGUCCACCGCGUCAUCGUCUUCGGGUGGGAAGGGGUCGUCCUCGUAUCUGAGUUUGUCCAAGAGUCACGGAGUGCUUAGCGACGCCAAAUCCGUGAGCAACCUCAGCGACAUGCGACUGCACCCAGAUGACCCCGCCGGCUCGCCGCGCUACUUCCCCAGCAGCUGCUUGGACCUCAACAUGAACCUGAACUUGCCGGCGCCAGGCAGCCCGUCCCUGCAACACGGGGAGCGUUCUGGACACAGUCCCGCAGUGGGGCGUCGCAGCAAACUGGAACGGGAUGGAAGCACAGUGGAGCCGUCCACCCGUCGCUCCUCAUCAAGGCAAAAGAGCCAGCAGCAGAGUGACGGAAACCCUGUCGAUCCGCUCGACCCCAUAGGGGGUCUGUCUCUUUCGGCGCCCCAUGAUUUCCCCUAUGGCGUGGGCUACACCAGCCCAUUUUCCUCCCAGCAGAGGCCACACAGGCACUCCAUGUACGUGCGGAGGGAACGGGGGCGACCCCACGGAGGCGAAGCGGGCGGAUUGGCAGUGGGGCAAGGGAUGCCCACUCGGGCCAGCAGUCUCCAGCUCCUGACCCCUCAGCUACAGCAUCGGACCCUGCCAAAACACAUGGGCAGCGCUGUGUCGCGGGACGCAGGAUUAGACGACAUCAGGAGCGACCCCGCGGCCGCAGAGGUCAGUCACACGCGACCUUUAAUCCGGGAGUCCACACGGGACAACACCGCUGCCUUUCACGCACCACGGCAAAAAAGCGAGGGAGGCGUUUAUCACGAGCAGCUCGCAGAUGACAGCGGAUCGGCCAAAGAGAACCGCAUGAUGUACAGCGAGUCGGUGCCGCGACGGGUCGGCAGCUUCUACAGGGUGCCGUCUCCCAGACCCGAUAACUCGUUCCACGAGAGUUCAGGAGUCACGAUAGACAGCAGCCACAACAUACACCAACCCACAUACGACCCGUGGACGGGGUCUGAGACACGGGACAUGAGCCCUUCAGAGCCCACCAAAGAGAAGGAGAAACAAGGCUUCUUCAGAUCCAUCAAGAAGAAGAAGAAGAAGUCACAAACCACAGACGCUGAUGAAGAGCGAAUUCCAGUCACGAGGAAAACACUGUUUCCUCUCUUUCACUCUCAGAGGAGCUUCACGCGCAGCUCCUCUGAGAGAGAGCGUCCCCUAGUGGCCACACCAAUGGUACACAUGAGUCUCACACCUACAGUCCUAUGGGGUUAGAUCUCUGCCACAAUUCUGCGUGCGAAAGAUC